AUCAAGACCGUUGAACAUCAAAGGGAUGCAUGAAAAGGUCUUCUCAUGUCCAAGCUAAGUUUUGAUGAGUUUCAUAAUGAAGAGUCUCAAAUAUGCUUUCUAUACUGUGCCCUCUUUCCUGAAGAUUAUGAUGUUUGUGUUGAAGAUCUUUUGAGAUAUGGAAUUGGUGAUAGACUGUUUUCUGAUGAUUUAACUCUGGACCAGGCAAGGAACAGGGUACAUUCUAUAAUCAGUAACCUAAAAGCUUCUUGCCUUUUGCUGAGUGGUAAGAAUGAAGAAUGUGUAAAAAUGCACGAUGUUUUUCGUGACUUGGCCAUAUUAAUUUCUUCCGGUAAUGAUUACAGUUUCAUGGUAAAGGCGGGCUCAGGUUUGAAGGAGUGGCCUUGCAACUUAAACUUGCAAUAUGUUAUGAGGAUGUCUUUGAUCAACAACGAGUUUAAUAUGCUCAGGGAACAAGAAGAAUACCCAGAGCUCAUAUUACUGCUGCUGCAAAAUAAUACAUCAUUAAAGGCUAUUUCAGAUGACUUCUUUGUUGGGAUGAAAGCACUCCAAGUACUUGAUCUCAGCAAUAUGCCAAGUCUGGUGGCAUUACCUACCUCACUCUCUUUUCUCACAAACUUAAAGACUCUUUGUGUGGAAAACAAUAAUCUGAAAGAUGGAUCUGCACUUGGAGAGCUGAAAUCAAUUGAAAUUCUUAGCCUGCGGAAGUCCUCAUUUGACAGGUUUCCAGAAGAGAUAAAAAGAUUAACUAAGCUCCGUUUAGUAGACUUGAGUGAAUCCCAAUUUGAUGAAAUUCCAGCUAAUGUUUUUCCAAGCCUCGUACGUUUGGAAGAACUGUACAUGGGAGGCAGUUAUAGUGGUUGGGAGAUAAAAGAAACGACAAGCAAGAGAAAAGCUACUCUGGCUGAAGUUCUUUCUUUGGAUCAUCUUAAUACCCUACACAUCGAUGUAGGAAAUCUUGCUUGUCUAGUUGAAGAGAUUAUCAAUCGCCAGCCUAGAUUAAACAAGUUUCACAUACAUGUAGGAGAUAAAUUUGACUGGCGGAGUACUUAUGCCAAAAGCAUGUGCUUCAAUAUAGCAGCUCACUUUGGAGUACCCAAGCCUUUCAUGAACUGGCUGGAGAGCUUCCUACAAAUGACAGAGCAGCUUUCUGUAGUGAACUGGAAGAAUCUCUCAAGUCUUGAAGAGUUACCGUUGGAGUGUUUUCAACCACUGAAGCACCUACACAUUCAAAAGUGUCAUUUUCAAACUUUUCUUUCAUCUACAUUGUUCGAAAGGUUUCAAGGUCUGCAAGAGCUCCAAAUUUUUUCUUGCCUGAAACUGGAUACUGUGUUUCUUUCCAAUAAUAUUGUGCCUGAAAGCAAUGUGCUUCCCAGACUCACAAACAUUCAUGUCCGAGUUGCCCCUUGUUUGACAGCUCUAUGGAGAGGCGUAGCUCCAUCUACAAGCUUUCAGAGCUUGAAACAUGUGAAAGUUGAGGAGUGUAAACUGGUUAAGAUUCUCUUCCCCUUAGCUAUUGCUAAAAUGCUAAAUCAGCUGCAAUACUUGGAGAUAUCAAAUUGCGAUGUUAUGGAAGCUGUAAUUGGUUACAUUGAAGAUCAUGAGAUUCAGAUGGGUACGUCGUCAGGUCAGCUGAAUAAUACCUGCACAGGGAUAGAGUAUACCCAUACCAUCUUUCCUCAGCUGCAAUCAUUAAAGCUACAACAUUUGAAGAACAUCAGAAGCCUUACUCAACCAUGGUUCCUUCUUGUUUUUCCAACUUUGGAACAUCUAACAGUGCUCUCAUGUCCAUGCCUCAAGCUUCCCAUAGGGCCUGAAGGCUUGCAAAGAUUAAUUGAGGUAAGAGCAGAAAGAAAGUGGUUUGAUGAGUUGGAGUUUGAGAACAACGAAACAAAAAUAUCACUGCAAAAAUGCUUUACAGAUACAAACUCAUCGACUCAAUGAAGUAUCACCCAUACUAGGAAGGAAAGGUGUCAUCAGGGAGCUCAAUAUUUAUAGUGGUUAGUCAAAGGAAAUUUCGUCGAAUAUAACCUCUGCUGUUACCUUUUAUAUGUAACUAGGUGAAUUUGUGUUAGAGAUGGAUCAUUUAGCUAAUAAUGACAUAGUCGUUUCUAAGAAUUAAUAUAUAUAUAUUCAGUAUAAAAAGAAAAAACUUCUUAAGCAAACUUCAAUUUUCCUCUUCUUUACUAGACCGCCUUUGAAAAGAAUGACGAAGUUGAACUUUAACACAUGCAACUGAGGGGAUAAAGGGAAGGAAAGUAGGCAAGUAGCUACAAUACCUCAAUGAUUAAUUUGCAAAUUGUUAUUAAUGUUUUCUUUUCUUUUUUCCUUUUCUUUUUCCUGUAUGAACAUAUUAGUUGUUAGUACUGAAACCAGUCUAUGUGAAUGCUAUGUAAUGUGACUUCCUGUCAGUGAGAAACUGAAUGUUAUACAAAACACUGAAGUCUGUUUAGCUAUUGAAAUAUGCUAUAUGCUCUGCUCAGAAGUCUUAGAAUGGUAACUUAUGUUUCCACUAACAAUGCGACUUAAUAUUCUCUCUAACACAUUACAGAAAAAAUCAAUAUGAUCACGAGGCAUCAAUGUUACUACGGGCAAACUUUUCUGUCAGUAAUUCAAGAAACAGCAUCGUUAUGAUUUCAAUCUCAAAGCCGAUUUUCAGAGAGUUGAAAAUGAAUAGCAUACCUUUUUUGAAAAUGAAUAGCAUACUGAAAAGCUGCACCAAAACUUUAUAUAAGUCCCAGAAAGUAGUCAUCCCACAACCAGCAGAUUGAUCUCAUUAGUAAUAGCAAUCCUAUCACUACCAUUUAGCAAGUUCAGUUAUCAUACAUAAACAUCAUAAUACUCCCUUUGUCUCUAAAUAAAAGUCUCAAUUUAUCUACCAAACUCCAUUUCUUAUUUUUAUAUUAUUUAUUUUUAAUCAGACAAAUCCUACUAUCU